CUUUAAGAAUACAGGAUUCUCGAGAUAAGAAAGUCUUUUGUUGUUGAAUUUUAAAUUUUGUCUUUUUAACCUCACCUUAGACUGGGAGGGGAGAGAGGGAAAAAAAAAAGAGUAUCUUGUAAGAAUAGAAUGGUUAAAACAAAUGUGUAUUUAUAAUGACUAUGGUAAAAUAGAGCAAGUAUAAAGCCCUCUGAUAAGAAAACAAUCGGAUGAGAUACUACUUUGUUUUAGUUGAUAGCGAGGAGGGAAAAGAAAAAAGACACUUCAACUUAUUACUAUUCAAGUACUAUUUUACUAAAGUUGUAGUAAUACCUCCUCCCCCUCUACCUCAAAAAAAAACGAUGUUUAUGUUUAAUAUCAUUUGUAUUUUAACUAACUAUGGCUUAAGAUACUUUGUCUACUAUUAUUAUUAUUAUUAUUACUAUUUAAUACUAAUAACUUUAAACAAAUUAGUUUUAAACAUUUUUUUCAGUUGGCAAUAAAUCACACCCGUAACAAAUUGAGAAACCGCCUGUUAAUAAGAAAGAAA